AUGCCAUCGGAAAAAAGAUUGGAUGCCAUUCGUCUCAUGCCUCAACCAAAGAACCUCAAAGAAGUAGAAGCUUUUAUUGAUGCAUUAUCAAGGUUACCCAUGGGUGAAGACAUCGAGUUUGAUAAUUAUGAAAAAAGUAUGCUUGAUAUUGAGAAUAUUUAUGAAUCAACUAUAGCAGAUUUUCCUAUCGAUGCUCAUAUUAUUGCAGAACAUACAAAAAAUGAUAACAUUCUGAAAAGUGUAUCAAAGUAUAUUACAGAGGGUUGGCCUGAAAAUAUCCAAAAAUCACAAAAAGCUGGUAGUAAUCCAAAUAGAGAAUUUUCAUCUUGGCCAGAAGCAACUAAACCUUGGGAGAGAAUUCAUGUCGAUUUUGCUGGUCCAUUCUUUUCUCAGAUGUGGUUAAUAGUGGUAGACUCAUAUUCUCGUUUUCCAUAUGUAAUUGAAAUAUCAACCGCUACAUCGUCUACAACUAUUAAUGCUCUUCAAGAUAUAUUUUCGGUCGAAGGUCUACCUAAUACCACCGUAAGUGACAAUGGAAGUCAAUUUACUUCUAAAGAUUUUGAAGAAUUUUGUCGAAGAAAUGCUAUAGAACAUAUCACAAGUCCACCAUUCCAUCCCUCAUCAAAUGGUUUAGCUGAGCGAACCGUACGAACGUUUAAAGAAUCUUUUAAGAAAAAUAUGUGUGAUAAGCACGAUAAAAGUAGAGCUGUGUUUAAAUUUUUGUCUACAUAUAGAUCUACCCCAAACACUGUAACUGGUAAGUCACCAGCAGAACUCUUCCAUGGACGCCAACCUCGUACUAUUUUAUCAGCCCUGUUUCCUUCAAAACAUUCAAAAGUGGAAAAUCAAACGAAAUUUAAAGUCAACGAUUUAGUGUACGCUAGAAAUUUUGCUGGGACGAAAAAAUGGAUAGAAGGCACUAUUACAAAUGUUGAAGGAAAAUGA